AUGGGCGGGGGAGGCGAAACGGACGAGCUGAGGAGGAAGGAUGAAGAAAUUUUAAAGCUUAGGAAACUGGCCGCCAUCUUCAAAAGUGAGUGCAAAAAGUUGAAGGAGGAGAAUGACGCGCUGAAGAGGGGCGGAGGCGCAGAAGGAACCACCGCCCCCAAAGGAGCAGAAGGAACGAACCCCCCCGCUGCGGGAGAGCAGCUAAAGAACGAAUACGCCAAAAGGCUAGCGGUAGAAAAGAGCUACAAAAAGUUGAAGAACUUCACCCUCAUGCUGGAGGAAAAAAUGACUCAAAUGAAAAGUGAAAGUAAAAAAAGGCACACCGAAAUGGAGGAGAAGCUGAAGGGGUGUCAGAACGAAUUGUCCUUAUCCCACAGUGAAAGAGAGCAGUUAAGGAAGACCAUUCAGGAGAAAGAAACAACCGUGGAGAGGUUAAGAAGCAAGAUGGAGCAAUUUACCUCCUACCUAAAGGAGCAAAAAGGGAUGACAGACAUGGCAGAAAGUAGCCUCAACCAAGCAGUAGAGUACAAAAUGCAAAUUAAAAAAUUGAAAGAACAUCUGGAGGGGGUAAAAAAAACGGAGGAAAUUACAGCCAAGGAAAGGCAGCAGUACAGAAGCAUGAUCAUGCUCUGCUCCCAGUACAAGCAGAAGUGCAAGCAGCUACCCCUUCUGGAAAGCAAAAUAGAAAUUCUGGAAAGCAAAAUUAAAGAGUUGGAAGUGUUCAAAAUAAGAGAUAAUGAAAGAGCGGAGAGUAUCUCCCAGCUUAGAAAAAGCCUCAUAAAUGAGCAGGUCGAAAAGGAGAAAAUGAAUGAGCAACUUAAUGAGUGGCUAAACUUUGCAAAAUUGUACAUAGAUAUGAAUGCCAUCGAUGUGGAAAGUUUGAAGCGGUCCAUGCAACAGAUGCAGGAGAAGUACUCCCGAGUGAAUUCUACCAAAACGGACUUGGAGCUCCGCUACAGGGAGGUUGCUGCUGAGAUGGAAAUGCUAAGGCAAACUCUCGAGGAUAAGAGGUUGGAAGUUAAAAUUGUGGCCAAUAGGAAUAGGCAGCUGGAGAGGAUGUGCGAGUUUGCAAAAAGGGAAGCGGCAAAAGGGGAAGCGGCAAAAGGGGAAGCGGCAAAAGGGGAAGCGGCAAAAAGGGAAGCGGCGAAAAGGGGGGAGGUUGGCAAAGAAGACAGCAGAGAAGACAGCGCGACUGUGGAGGACCCCCAGAGGGAGAACCCCCUCGCGGAGUGCAAGGCCAAAUGUGACUUCCUCCUGGCGGACAACGAGCAGAAGGAGAAGCUCAUAGAGCAGCUCGGCGAACGGGUGAGGAAAUACCAAAGCGAGUUCGAGCAGGUGUGUCUGAAGCUGAGGAGCGUAGAGACCGCCUCGGACGAGUUGCAACUCUACCAGAAGGAAAUUCUAAUUCUAAAGGAGGAAAUACAAAAUUACAAAAAUAGAGUCGUCUCUUUGGAAGGAGACCUGAUGCGUUUGAAGAGUGAACGAAGUGAUGAUAAACAGACGUACGAAGCAGUCAUCCACGAUUUGAGGGAGGCCGUUAGGAAGGCCCAAUUCGACAGCAAAAUGAGUGCCUCUGCAGGGAGUUCUUCCAACCAGGGGGGAGCCCCCCCCGAGGUGAAGAAGCAACAGAAGGAAGAGGACACCGAUGUUUGUAGCACCCUCAACGCGCUGUACAGCCAUCUGGAGAAUCUCUCCUCUGUAGACGAAGUCGAGUUAGUAACCCUGCGGAAUGAAAACUUAUAUUUAAAGUCCAAGCUAGAGGUGGUAAAAAUUUUUUAUGCCAAUCAGAUUAAGAGCUAUAGGGAGGCCUUCCUGUACAUUUUGGGGUGGGACAUUCAAAUAGAGCAGAGUGACCAAGACAUCUUCUUCAUCUUGACGUCUCUGUUUUCCACCCACGAUGGGAAGUUUGUCUUCAUAAAGAGCAACGGGGCUAAGGAGAAGCGCUCCCUCGGGUUGCAAGAAAAGGAGGAGAGACCCGCCAAGCGGGGGAAGCGGCAGGGGGGGGAGGCGGACUCCCAAGGAGGGGUGACCCCCCAAGAGGGGGUUGCCCCCGUGGAGGGGCCUUCCCAGGAGAGCGGUAACCAGGCCGCCCCUAAUGAGGCGGAUUCUAAUAAGGCCGCCUCUAAUGAGGAGGCGACACCCCCCCGCGAAGGGCUAACCAGCGAUCCGGCUUCACCCACCCCCCUGGACGUGUCCCAGGCCAGCUUCGAAAACACGAACGUGGCCCGCUCCUCCAUCGUGAAAGGCUGCAAGUACAGCCUGCUGCUGCACGGCCACUACGGCCUCAAGUGGAGCGACAACGAGGAAUGGAAGAACCACAUCAGCAACGUUAGCACCUACCCCGUCCUCCUCUCCCUGUCCUGCAUCGAGGAGUUUAACAGCAUCAAGGCGCAGUACGGCGCCAGCAUGGGCAGGAACUCCCGGGGCAUGCUCUUCAAGCUGUAG